GAAGUAAAUGAGACAAUUAAGCAUUGGAUGCUUAACAGAGGUUUGAGAUUCAGCCAUUCUAUCAUAUCGCGAUAUUACACGGGCUGCCUUAUCUCCUCCACCCUGCUUCCAUAUCGCCAGAUAAUAGAUUUUUAGAUGUAGAAAAUGUAUAUAUACCGCAUUUGUUUUUGACACAUUAAAUUGCACGAUUUUUCAUUACAAACCCUGAAACUUAGUCACCUGCAAAGUAUGUCACGGAUGCCAUAUAUCCUACUUUGGAAUUGUUAUGUAAUUACUCUAAUACAACAGUUCUUCAUUAUAGCCUACCUCAUUAAAGUAGAAAAAUCAUGAAAAAUACAGCUAGGAUGCCCCCUCAUCUAAUGACGUCAGAUUCAUUCCCACAAUGCCUAGUAACACGCAGGCGCACUGUAAAAAAAUAGAAGACAGCUAUCUGUGAUCAGAGAUGGCGGGCGCCUCCGACCCCCUGGAAGAUAUGCUCUUUUCAGAGGUGGAUGAAAAAGCUGUGAGCGACCUAGUGGGCUCAUUGGAGUCACAGCUUGCUGGACAAAGCAACCCGGCAGGUAAAACAGACGAAAACGGAGGCGCUGGCUCAGUGGCCCCCGCUAACCAUCACUUAGGAAAAACGCUACCAGCUCCACUGGGCACCACAACACUAGAACAACAACAACAAGGACGGCGUAAUAAACCUGAGAUGCGCCAGGAGAUCAACUCUAAAGACAUUAGCCCGGAUAAAACUGUCACAUCUCCCUCUCUGGGCUGUACCCCUUCUUUUGGCGAGCCUUCCACCACUUCGGCUGCCGGUGUGAACGCCACUAGCAGCGGUUCGCAAUCACAUGGAGCAUCCAUCACAACACUGACUGCAUCUGGUCUGUCAACUCUGGCAUCUACGCCAGCCAGCAUCAGCACCACAUCCAGCCGGGGCUCUAAGGUUACCCCGGGCACAGGUGAGACGUCGGCAGAAGCGAACCCGCCGAGAAAACGCAUAAGCACACCACGGAGGAGCGCUUCGGCUCGGAUAAAGAGUUUGAACGGCGCAGCUGUAACGACGAGAAGGAACAGCACCACAGCGGUGGCUGAAAACCUUAGCUCUGUGGAUUCCAGUGCAACUACAGCAAACUCUACUCGACCGGUGACAUCCUCUAUCAACACUUCGACUUUCACCUUAUCUAACACUAGCCUCACUGUAGGUCAGUCGGCUAUUGCGCUUGACCGGGGGACUCCUACCAUUGCUUUGCAUAGACUCCCGAGUCAUAUUGUAGCGAGCAUUGCCCAGAACGGCAACGGGACCAGUGUUUCGGCCUUGGUCCAGCAGGGCGCUCGCAUAGGACCCAACACCUCCUCAGCUUCACAGGGGAACCACAGCAAAACGGUCACAGACACUGGGGCUUCCAAAACAGACGAUUGUCAGUCGAAAAUUGUAAUGUCAAGCCAGCCUAGUAGUGUUAAUUCUGUAAUAAACACUGUUUCUCCAACGCCUUCUGUUGUUACACCAACAACAGCUACAACAGCAGCUACAACAACCACAACAGUAACCCAGCCUUUGAGCUCUGCCACAGCUGCUGCUUGUGUUACAGGGGUGGCAACAGGUUCUGUGUGUGGAACUGGUCAAACUACAUCAGUGACUACCACUAUUAGCAUGGUCAGGCCCACAGCCCCCUCUCCAACACCUGCUGUGGCCACCUCUGCACAGUCUCAACCCCGUCCUGGACUUACAGCACCUCAAAGGAUCGUAGCCCCCCAGCUGAUUGUCAGACCACCUCAACAGCAGACGACCAUUCAGCUGCCCCCUGGGUUUACCAUCCCACCUGGGAUGGUGUUGGUACGCACGGAGUUGGGCCAGCUAGUGAUGGUUCCUCAGCAGGCUUUGGCUCAAGCUCAGGCUCAAGCUCAGGCUCAGGCCCAGAACAACAUCUCUCCACGACCUGCCACCCCAACAACAGGAGCGUCCUUCAGAGUAUCAACUCCACAGUCUCCUGUGACCUCUCAGACCACCAGGCAGUGUUCUUUGACCCCGGCCAAGAUGGUACCGUCUGCCUCUCCCACUCCGUCCAGCCCUGCCCUCCAGACCUCCUCCUCUUCCUCUUCUUCCUCCUCCUCCUCCUGUCCUGCACUCCGCCCAAAGGGCCCUGUGGCGCCGUCCGUGGCUGUGACGGCUCCGCAGCAGACCCCCGUGGUUAUGGCCCCCCAGGCCCCGGUCCAGGCUGCCUCCCAGCCAGUGCAGCCUCCGCAGACGGCCAUCGCAGCGCCCCCCGGAGCUCCUGUCGUGUCCCAGGAAAUGCAAGAGAAUGUCAAGAAGUGUAAGAAUUUCCUGGCCACACUUAUUAAGCUGGCGUCUCACAAUUCUCCGUCCCCUGAGACUUCCAAGAACGUCAAGGCUCUGGUUCAGGAUCUGCUGGAUGCCAAGAUUGAACCGGAGGAGUUCACCAGCCGGCUGCAGACUGAGCUCAAGUCGUCUCCGCAGCCUUACCUUGUGCCCUUUCUCAAGAAAAGCCUCCCGGCCCUGAGACUGUCUUUGCUGAAUAGUCAGCAGUCCCUAAUCCAGCCCCCACAACAGGGAGUCAAACCAGCACCCGGCGGCACACCAACUGCCAUCGUGGCUGGGCCAGCUGUCCGCAUACGCCACCCUAACAGCGUCAGCACCACUACGAGUGCCAGUGCACUGCCCGCCGGGACGCUCGGACAUGCAGCUGCCAUGGGUAUCAAGACACCAGGCGCUGUCAGUGGCCAGGUCCGGAUGCCUGUGGUGAUCACACAGUCUGUCAGAGCGCAAGGCACAAUGGGGAAGGGAGCCAUCAUCCAAGCAGGCAAAAGUCCCGUGGGCUUGGCUGUUCAGAUCUCUGGGAAUCAGAAAAACAAGCUCAACGACCCUGGAGGAGGUUCUUUCAGGGAUGAUGAUGACAUCAAUGACGUAGCCUCCAUGGCCGGGGUGAACCUGAAUGAAGAGAGCGCAAGAAUACUCGCCACCAACUCUGAAUUAGUGGGAACGCAGAUCCGCUCAUGUAAAGACGAGGCCUUUCUCCAUCCGGGACUGCUCCAUCGUCGAAUUCUGGAAACAGCUAAGAAGUUUGGAGUUACGGAGGUCCCUAUGGAGGCGGUGACAUUCAUCUCACAUGCCACACAGUCACGACUUCGUACUGUGGUAGAAAAAGUUUCUACCAUCGCACAGCACCGACUGGACUCCUGUAAGGAUGAUGAGUGUUAUGAGCAGUCUGCAGACGUUCGCUCUCAGCUUCGCUUCUUCGAGCAGCUGGAGAGAAUCGAGAAGCAGAGGAAGGACGAACAGGAGAGAGAGAUCCUGUUGAAAGCCGCAAAAAGUCGCUCCAGGCAAGAGGACCCAGAGCAAGCUCGACUGAAACAGAAAGCUAAGGAGAUGCAACAACAGGAACUGGCCCAGAUGAGGCAGCGAGAUGCCAACCUCACAGCACUAGCCGCCAUUGGACCCCGCAAAAAACGUAAAGUGGAUUCACCAGGGGCCACCCCAUCAGGGACAGAGGUUUCAGGCAGCACGGCAGGCUCACUGGCCAGCUCCUCCACCCCGUCCACCUCAUCGCGCCAGUACACACGGCAACGCAUCACUCGCGUCAACCUCAGGGACUUAAUUUUCUACAUGGAGCAGGAGAGAGAGACCGCCCACUCCCUCCUCCUUUACCGUGCCCUGCUGAAGUAGCCUCUGCUCUGCUCAGCGCCCACCUCAACCUCCUCCUCCUUCCCAGCCACGUGCCUUCAAAUCAGGUCUAAUGUUUCAGCUCUGUGUCUCCAUAUGUACUGUAGUGACGUUUGAUGUAGCUUUUAAUAGGGCGAGAGAGAGAGAGAGAGAGAAAAAAAACGUACAAAAAUAAUACUGUUGUUCCGCGUCUUCUCCGUUUAGAUUCACAGUGAGAGUGUAGUCAUUCAGUUCAAAGGCCAUAUCAAAUUAUUUGUGUUGAAGUUGAAUUUGUUAAAGGAACAAAGUGGUUUUUGUGUCGCAGGACUGGUUCCGUGUAUGUUGGGUAGAUAUUUAUUUGACGUCGUUGGCAGUAGCUUCAAUGAACCACCUCAAAGUAAGGAUUAUUUUGGCGAAGAGAAUUAUGCUCAAUACAGUCUAUGAUAUUCUCCACAAGCUAUUUGUUGAACAUAGUUCAAUGAAUGUAGUUUAGCUGAACUCAGUAACUGAGAGACUUUACUGAUUUCUAUACUGAGACACAGUCUUUUGAAACAUCAAGAUUCCAAAUAACAGCAUCACGUUCAAUUUCCUUACUGUAUGUGUAAAUAGUUCUUUUAGAAUUAUUUUACAGCAUGUAUAUUUUUAUCACAUGUAAGCAUUGUAAGAAAAGGAAUAUCCCAUGUGUCAGUAUUAUGAAACCUGAUGUUUUGUAUAACCAUGUGCUUUCAAUGAGUCAAAAUGAGACAGUUUAUUCUCUUAUUAUUCACCUGUAGAGUCCCCAAGACCAUACUGCGAAGGUCAUUAAACAAAACCAUAGUCGCACUAAGACACCAGUUUCUGAUUGGUCACCCUUGUUGAGUGAGUCAAUUUUUUUUUUUACCCACACAUAAUGUGAACAUUGUUUUUAUGACUAGAUGUUUGUAAGUUGUGUACUAUCAUGCUCACUUCUUCAAAAACUUACCAUGUUUAGAAGGUAAGUGUUGACUGGUGAGAGUAAAAACUCGGAUCAAAACAGACAUUCCAUUAUCUUUUCCUCUCACUGUCCGAUCUGCACAUUAAUGACCUUUGAAAAAAUUACAUUGCAACUAUUCUCAGUUUUGCUGGUGGGCCCCUGGAGCCCCCACCUACUUUUACAAUGACUGAAUGACAAAGGUUGUCCAUGAAACGGUUUAGUACUUGUAUCACAGCUGUAAAGUAAUGUUUAACUGUAGAAGGAAGCAGUUGAUUCCAGCCUAAAAUUUUCUUUCCCCCCCACAUUUUGUCUCUGUCUUUGUACUGAUUGAAGAGAGGAAUAAGACAAAACGCCUGCUUUUUACAUGUCGUGUGGCAUUGUUGCCUUGUUAUUAUCAUUUUUUGUUUUUUCGCAAAAUUUUAUUGUAUUAUGUAAUAUUGUCCAUCAUGUUUUUUUCUAUUUAACUAAAUAUCUUGGCCUCUAUGCAGCUCUUCUUGUCAUAUUGAAAUUUAUUUAAAUAUGGGUGACAUUUGAAACAAUUGUUGUGCAUUGUACAUUUUGACAGCACUUUUUUUUAUAUCUAUUUUACCUGACAACUGAAAGCUGUCACUGUAUUAUAGCAAAGAAAUUACUCUUUUAAGUAGUAAACAGUAUUGCCAACUUAUUUUUAACAAUUAAUAUAUUUUCUUUUGUUUUUGGAUUGGCUUUUAUGCUUAACACAUUUUCAUAACUUUUAUCUCCAAAAUACCAUGUUUUAAAAACAAGCACAACAAUAUCUAUUGUGGUGAUUUCAAAUGAUUUUAUUAGUGAUUUCUAUGGUUUCUGGUGGUUUUAACAGGAGGGCAUUUCUACUACUACUACUACAGCUUUUUAGCCAAAACAUUAGGACAAUAUUACUGAUGUAAACAGAUGGGGGAAAUAACAUUUAAAUGUAAGGAUGAUUUGUAAAUAUUGUUUACAAAACUAUGUGUUUAUUAGAACCACAUUAUUUUUGGUAAACUCUUGUACAUAUCUUUAAAAUGUCCUGUUUGUGUGAAAAAACAAUACUUAUGUAUUUGUACCUAUUUUGUAAAGGAAUAAAUAAGCUGUUUACUAAACUGA